GUUUGAUAUUACAAUCCGAUUCCGAGAAGCGUCUCGACCUCAAGCAGUACGAAAUUUGCUGUAAUAUUUAUUAGCAUUCAAGACAGUACCAUAGUGAAGUGCGUCGGACAAUUUGCUGUGAGAAAAAAAUGAAGUUGUUCACGUUUAUUUUGUUUCUCGUCCUUUGUUACGCCGAAUGUCGUAAAACAUAUGCGCCGAUUGACAAAAAUGCCAAUCUCGCCUUCAUCAAUAUGGAAAGUGGUGGCAUUAGACCUCCUAACAACGCCCGCCCAGCAUUAAGUCCAAGUCCACCACCUGCUGCAACUCAAGCACCUAAAGCACCUUUACCUCUACAGACAACCCCUCAACCAAUUAAACCAGUCGUUUCACAACCGGUGAAGCCAGCGCCUGCAACCGUUAAACCUUCACAAGAAUCUAAAAGUCCUAGUCAGAUCACACCAAGACCGGUUUACCCUACGCCUGCUUCCAAACUGAUAACAACUCCUGGACCUGGAAGUGUGAAACAGCUGGUAACCUUCUACGACAGUCAAGGCAAAGCGAGCCCGAUACGUCCGUACUCCUACAGUCAGGCUGUAAAGCAAGGUUAACAAGAAUCGUAUAAGAUGACAUCACUCAAAAAUUGACAACUGUCUGUGAAAUCCAUCGAAUACUAGAAUAUUCAGUUAUAUUUAAUUAAAUUAAAUUAAACACAAUUAAACUCUUUUAUUA